AUGGAUUCUUUGUGGAUAUUUGUGCAGCUCAUCACAGCUGCAGCUUUUAUGUCUUCCACAAUCAUAAUCCUCAAAAGCUUCAUCAAUAUCCCCACCACACCAUCAUCAUCAUCAUCAUCAUCUUCAAACUCUUUCAUCUCCUCCAACAAUCCUUCACUUCCUUCCGGCUCCCUCGGUCUCCCCUUCGUCGGCGAAACCCUCCACUUCAUCUCUUCCGCUUACUCUCAACGUCCCGACACCUUCAUGGACACACGUCGCCGACGGUAUGGAAAGGUUUUCAAAUCACAUAUAUUUGGAAGUCCAACAAUAGUUUCAACUGAUGCAGAAGUGAAUAGGUUUAUUCUACAAAGUGAUGCAAAGUUUUUUGUGCCAUCUUAUCCAAAAUCUGUGACAGAGUUGAUGGGAAAAUCUUCUAUAUUGCUUAUCAAUGGCUCUUUACAUAGAAGAAUUCAUGGCCUUAUUGGAGCAUUUUUCAAGUCAUCUCAUCUCAAAGCUCAAGUAACCAUAGACAUGCAGAAAUAUCUUAAAAAAUCCAUCCCUACUUGGACUAAUACUUGUCAACACAAUCCUAUCUACAUUCAAGAUGAAGCCAAAAAUAUUGCCUUUGAAGUACUAGUAAAGACACUGAUCAGUUUGGAGGCUGGUGACGAAAUGGAAUUUCUCAAGAAACAGUUUAAUCAAUUCAUUGCUGGGAUUAUGGCUUUCCCAAUAAACAUCCCAGGAAGCAGACUUUACAGAUCAUUACAGGCCAAAAGGAAAAUGGUUAAGUUAGUGCAAGAAAUAAUAGAAGGUAGAAGAAAGAAGAAGGGUGAGAAAUUGAGUAAUGCAAUCCCAAUUAAUGAUGUUGUGGAUGUUUUGGUGAAUGAUGGAAGCCAACAAGUCACAGAUGAACUAAUAGCAGAUAACAUGAUUGAUAUGAUGAUUCCAGGCCAAGAUUCUGUCCCAAUUCUUAUCACUUUGGCCAUUAAAUACCUUUCAGAUUCCCCAUCUGCCCUCCAUCAAUUAGUGGAAGAAAACAUGGAAUUGAAAAGACUGAAAACUCAGCUUGGAGAGACAUUAAAGUGGAGUGAUUACUUGUCUUUGCCAUUUACACAAAAUGUCAUAACAGAGACAUUAAGGAUAGGAAACAUAAUAACAGGAGUGAUGAGAAAGACGAUGAAAGACGUUGAGAUAAAAGGAUAUUUAAUACCUAAAGGAUGGUGUGUUCUUGCAUAUAUUAGGUCAGUUCAUGUUGAUGAAAACCACUUUGAAAGCCCUUACCAUUUCAAUCCAUGGAGAUGGCAAGAUAAAGACUCAAAUAACUUCAAUUUCACUCCUUUUGGUGGAGGACAAAGAUUGUGCCCUGGACUUGAAUUAGCCAGAUUAGAAGCUUCCAUUUUCUUACAUCACUUCGUUACUGAGUUCAGGUGGGUGGCUGAGGAAGACAAUAUUAUCAACUUCCCAACAGUAAGAAUGAAGAAGAGAAUGGCAAUUUGGGUAAAGAAGAGAGAGCAUUAA